AUGUCUAACACUAUUGAUACACCAAAACAACAACAACAACAAACUACUAGUUCAAAUAAUAAUAAUAAUAGACUAAACUUUAAUCGAACAAAACACUUUCAACUUGCAAGAAAUGCAUCACCACAUCAAAAAGCUAAACGUCAACUUGAACAAAGAUCAAUCAAACCAAAAGUAAAGGCACAAGGUGAUCUAUUUACCAAUGAUUGGGGCCAAAUCAUUGGAACCAUCAUUUCAUUCACCCCAGGCAUAGGAUCACUACUCAAAACAGGAUUUGGGUUUGUUUGGGGCUCCAUUUUCAAACAAAACAACAACUAUGUCACACAAGAUCAGUUCAACGAUGAAAUGUCGGAGCUCUAUGAAAAGAUUGAACAAUUGAUCAACGCAGAAUUGGACCAAGCCGAAGUAAACAGAUGUGGUUUAAUCUUUGAAGACUGUCGUAAUCGUGGAAACAACUUUAACGAUUUGCUCACCCUCUUUACCGACAGACAACAAACAAAAAAAGGAUUCAAGAUUGACAGAUCUGCCAAACAUCGUGUCGAGCCACCAUCACAUUUACUCAAUCUAGACGAUGACAACCUAUUACAAAUGAUCAGAAGUCAAUUCAUGGACUAUCGUGACUCUCUUGAAGGUGCCAUCAUCAACAUGUCCGAUCCAUCAAAUGCAAAACUCUUGGAUAAUCUCUUGGCCAUGACAAUGGUACUCUAUGCCGCUGUCUUGAGAGAUUGUUGUCUCCAAGGAAAGGCUUGGGGAUUCCCAGCUCAAUACAUUGAUGGUGAUGGAAAUUCAGUCAAGAGUUUAAAACAAAUUCUCCAUGACCAGAUUCAAUUGUUCCACAAGAAUAUGGCCUAUUGUGUAUUCCAAUACAAUUUUGCUGUUAAUAAGACCGAGUAUUCAUAUCCUGCUAUCGAUUUACCAGACAAUGGGUACAAAGUUUAUGGAAUGAUAAAUGAACUUGAUUUUAUCGAGUAUCCAUAUGUAGUUGAGAGAGUUGAAAGUUUUUCUCCAAAGCUAUUCCUCGUUCCAUAUGAUGGUACAGCUAAAACAUUUAAACUCAACAUUGGAGACUCUGCUGGUGUAUUUCCAUCAGUUGAUAAUCAACAUGAUACAGUAUCAGGAAAUCAAGCUGGUUUAUUCUUUGCUAGUUAUAAUGAUCCAGAAUCAGCAUACUUUACAUUAAUACCACAUGGAACCUUUUUUGGAUACAUGUCAAUUAGAAUUGCUACCUUUUCCAAUUCAGACUUUGUAAUGACCCUUAAAUGUAAUGCACCAGACUUUAAUGAUACCACAUUUGAUUCAAGUAAUCCAAACAACAAUGCAGUUCCAAGGGCUUGCUAUUGGAAUUUUACCAAUGAUGGUGAUUACAAGUUCUCAAAGAUAUUUACGAGCCCCAUUUUUAAUGCAGGCGGAGCUCCUUUUGUGAGUUUCUCUUUAAGCUCUCCUUCAGCUAGUGUCGAAAUCAAUUCAAUUGAAGUUAACAUUUUGCCUUCUUUAUCCAAGUUUUAG